CCUGUAAAAUAUUCGCACUAUUUACAAUCAACUCCGUUUACCUCCUUCGCGUUGUAAAAAAAAUCGUGCUCCAAAAACGGCGUAAAAAUAACCAAAACUGCCUCGCAAAAUAAAUCACGCUCCAAUUAAAGCGAUUAAUUAAAUCUAAAUAAAUUUGUGCUGUCACUUGAUUAAAAAAAUUAAAAACGGCCAUGCAAGUUCAACGAGGUUACACCAACGUUAAGAAGCACGUGAUUUUAUACGAAUGGCAAAUAAACGAAAUAAGUUCAUACAUCGAAAAGUGUGAUGACAACACCGACCAAAAUAUAUUCCUGCAGUCUCCGAAUUUCGCAGCAGGGAGUAGCCUAGAGAAGAGAUGGAACCUAGAAUUAAAAUCAAGCCCGAAGGACGUUCAGUCAAUGGAUAAAAAAUGGCUGUCGAUAUUUCUGAUGCUUUCUACGGAAUCAAGCGUUGAGGCGAAAACAAAGUACCUGUGUUUUAUUUUAAACCACAAAAAUGAGAGAGUUAAAGUGAAAAAUUUCAGCAAAACAUUCACAGGUGUUGGAGGUUGGGGAAAUCGUAAAUUUCUGGACAAGAAUGAGCUGCUGGAGAGGAAAGAUCAGCUAAUACCCAACAACACACUGACUAUCGGCAUCGAACUCACAGUCUUUGAUAGCUUCACAAACAUCUCCACCAGCUUGGCUGCCUUCACCAGGAACAACGCUCGCUUGGCUGAUGAUUUCAAGAAUCUGUUGGACAGCAAGAUUGGCAGCGACGUGGUUCUGUCAGUGAAGGACCAAAUUUUCAACGCACACAGGCCUAUUUUGAUAGCUAGGAGUCCAGUGUUCUCGACGAUGUUCUCUCUGGAGAUGAAGGAACGGAAAGAAGACAGAGUCAGUAUCAUGGACAUUGAUCCAGAGAUCUUCAAAAGCCUGCUGGAGUUCAUCUACACUGACGACGUCUCCAACCUGGAGGCCAUUGCUGAGGACUUGCUCGAGGUGGCUGACAGGUACAUGGUGGACUCUCUAAAAGCCAGGUGUGCUGAGACUCUUUGUCAGUCGCUCACUGUUGACAAUGCUGUCAAGUUACUCAUGCUUGCUGAGAGGUACAACGUCAAGGAUAUGCUCGAUUUAGUCUCUGAGUUUAUUUUGACCAACGCCAAGAGUGUCAUUGAAACCCCGGAUUACAGCGUCAUGGAGAAGUCGAAUCCUUCCUUAGGGCUGGUUUUAUUCAAAAAAUUUGCUCACUUUAAUUCUGAUCGAGCGACGUGAUUUAUUUUUUUACAAGUUCUAUGGACAAUUAUGAAAUCAUGUGCUAGGAAAAAUAUAACAAUAGUUGUAAAAAUCAUCAUUAACUUUUAAAUAUGAUAAAUUUUAAAUGAUGGCAAAGGUAAUAAAUCCUUUAGGCAAUGACAGAAAUCAGAUAAUUUUGUAUUUUUAUAUGUAUGUAUUUUAUAAGAAGAAAUAACGAUGGUACAUUGACCAUAAAAAAAUAUAAUGUAAAUUAUUAAAGAUAAAAUUUAAUUCUAUUAAUAAUUAAAAG